AUGAGGAUUGCGAUCAGUGGAGAUGUUGAUUCUACACUCCACCGCCACCACCACCUCGACCGCCACCUCCCUUCCAACCUCCACCCUGGCCACCGCCUCCCUUCCAACCUCCACCCUGGCCACCGCCUCCCUUCCAACCUCCACCCUGGCCACCGCCUCCCUUCCAACCUCCACCCUGGCCACCGCCUCCCUUCCAACCUCCGCCAUGGCCACCGCCUCCCUUCCAACCUCCGCCCUGGCCACCGCCUCCCUUCCAACCUCCACCCUGGCCACCGCCUCCCUUCCAACCUCCACCCUGGCCACCGCCUCCCUUCCAACCUCCACCCUGGCCACCGCCUCCCUUCCAUCCUCCGCCAUGGCCACCGCCUCCCUUCCAACCUCCGCCCUGGCCACCGCCUCCCUUCCAACCUCCACCCUGGCCACCGCCUCCCUUCCAACCUCCACCCUGGCCACCGCCUCCCUUCCAACCUCCACCCUGGCCACCGCCUCCCUUCCAACCUCCGCCCUGGCCACCGCCUCCCUUCCAACCUCCACCCUGGCCACCGCCUCCUCCUCCUCCUCCUCCUCCUCGGUUAUCAACUUCAUAAUUGGUUUCCUUCUCUUCUUCAACGACUGCCUCAGCGGCAGCUUCUCCUUUUCCUUCCACGGACCGCACUAAGGACACUGAUUGGAGCGGGUGAACGAGAGGGAGAAGGACUGUAUUUAUUCCGAGGUUUAGAGACUGCAACUGCCUUCAAUAUGUCAACAACCGAUGAAGGUAUCUUGUGGCAUCAACGUCUCGGACAUCUAUCUCCUCGCAUCGUCAAUUUACUUCCUGGUGUUAAACUUAAGUCUAGUCUUGCGCUUUGUCUAUCUAGCUGUGAUGUUUGCCUUCGGUCAAAGCAAACACGAAAUUCGUUUUCAGAGAGUUAUAAUAAAGCAUCUUCUUCUUUUGAGCUAAUCCAUUGUGACCUCUGGGGUCCAUAUCGCACUUCAGCAUUUUGUGGUUCCAAAUAUUUCCUAACAAUCGUUGAUGAUUACUCAAGAGCUGUCUGGCUUUAUCUACUCCCUGAUAAAACUCAAGUUCCAAGCCGACUUCAAGAGUUUGUUGCUCUUGUCAAACGACAGUUCGAAAAGAAUGUAAAGAUCCUUCGAAGCGAUAAUGGCACAGAAUUCAUGUGUCUCACAAAAUACUUCCGGGAACAAGGCAUCAUACAUGAAACCUCCUGCGUGGGAACUCCACAACAGAACGGCCGUGUAGAACGAAAGCACCGACAUAUCCUGAAUGUAGCAAGAGCAUUACGUUUCCAAGCUGGCUUACCGAUAGAAUUUUGGGCCGAAUGUGCUCUAACAGCAUGAUAUCUCAUCAAUCGAACGCCGUCAAAACUCUUGCAUGAUAAGACGCCUUUUGAGAUGCUGUACCAAAGGCAACCAGCGUUUGAACAGCUCCGUGUUUUUGGGUGUUUAUGUUAUGCUCAUAAUCAAUAUCAUAAUGGUGACAAGUUUUCCUCUCGAAGCCGGCGCUGCAUAUUCAUUGGAUAUCCUUAUGGCAAGAAAGGUUAUCGACUUUAUGUCCUUGAAAAAGAAGAAUGUUUCACUUCUCGUGACGUCCUCUUUCAAGAAAACGUGUUCCCUUAUCAGGAAAAACAACCCGAAACACCUAUCUUACCUUCACAGCUCGAUUCACCCACGACCAUGAUUCUCGACGAACCUGAGAUACCUAUAUCUGAUAUACCUUCGACAUCAACUACUAUACCUCCAACAUCGACUACGACUACUACACCUUUGAUCUCUCCUGACACUCCUGUAACAACCUCAACUGAAACUACAACCGAACAAGAACUAGGGCGCGGCCAACGAACAAAGAAACCGUCGACACGUCUUACGGAUUUCGUUAUAAAUACAGUCUCUCUCACUCCUCUCACAGCCUUCGCUCCAACAACUUCCUCAGGUACGGUCUAUCCCAUCUCCGAUUUUUAUACGACUGCUCGUUUUUCUGAAUCCCACUGCAGCUACUUAACGGCUCUCUCACUCGCCGUGGAGCCCCGUUCAUUCAAAGAAGCAGUGCUUCUUGACGUCUGGAAGAAAGCAAUGCGGUGCGAAAUAGAUGCCUUAGAGUUGAAAAAAACUUGGGAAUUGGUUUCAUUACCUCCAGGCAAAACGGCCCUUGGCUGUAAGUGGGUAUUUCGAAUAAAACUAAAAGCAGAUGGAACUUUGGAAAGAUAUAAAGUGAGACUCGUCAUCCUUGGAAAUCAUCAAGUUGAGGGAAUCGAUUAUGGAGAGACUUUUGCCCCUAUUGCGAAGAUGACUACGGUUCGUAUUUUUCUCGAUAUUUCUGCGAAACAAAACUAUGAGGUCCAUCAGAUGGACGUCCACAAUGCGUUUCUUCAUGGAGACUUAGAGGAAGAAGUCUACAUGAAACUACCACCUGGUUUUCAAUCCGACUCUGAUAAUAGAGUGUGCCGCUUACGAAAAUCUCUUUACGGUCUUCGACAAGCUCCAAGAUGCUGGUUUGCUAAGCUUACUUUUGCACUACGGGCUUUCGGUUUCACUCAAUCUUGCAGUGAUUACUCGUUUUUCGUCUCCAUCAAAGAAAGCUCUACACUCCGAGUAC